AUGCAGCUGACGGUGAAGGCGCUCCAGGGCCGCGAGUGCAGCCUACAGGUGUCGGAGGAUGAGCUGGUGUCCACGCUGAAACAUCUGGUCUCCGAGAAGCUGAACGUCCCCGUGCGCCAGCAGCGGCUGCUGUUCAAGGGCAAGGCCCUUGCAGAUGGGAAAAGACUCUCUGAUUACAGCAUUGGACCCAAUUCCAAGCUCAACCUAGUGGUCAAACCUCUGGAGAAGGUGUUACUGGAAGAAAACGCCACCCGGAAACUGGCCGAGGCCCCACCCCCACGCCCGCCAGCCUGGCAGCUGAUCGCCAAAAUCUUGGCGCGCCACUUCAGUGCUGCAGAUGCCAGCAGAGUCCUGGAUCAACUACAGAGGGAUUAUGAGAGGUCCUUGAGCCGCCUGACCCUGGAUGACAUCGAACGUUUAGCUAGCCGCUUCCUGCACCCCGAAGUCACUGAAGUUAUGGAGAAGGGGUUCUCUAAAUAGGAUUCACCGAGUGUGGGGAUGAGCCUGGCCAGGCUGCAAGCUGCAUGUAGCAUUAAAUGUGUUCUCAUGUUGCAAUUUGGCUUAUAAUAAUAGCUGGUGGGUACCCAGCUCUUGCUAGGUGCCAGGCACCACUGAAAGCACUUGACCUGGGUUGCUCCUCCACCUUGAACAAAAGGUGAGACAGCUGAGACUUCUUGCAGUGAAGUGGGGGAGCUAGAAUCCGAGUCUAGCCAGCUUCUAUAAGUGCCUCAGAAUGAGAAAGAAAAAGGGACUGUUUAGAAGAUUCUGAGGGAUGGGCUUUGGCAUUUGGUGUUUAGCCCACUAAGAAUAAACCCUCAAGUGACUCCUUUCCAGGCCUCUGGCAAGUCCAGUAUUGGUAGGAGGCCAAGUGACAGCCAGCUCUGGGCCCCCUCAGCUGCUGCAGCCAGUGUGCAUUCGAAGGAAAAGUAGGUUGGGGAGUCGGGGAUGAAUAUCACCCAGCUCUAUGGUGUGACCUCAGGCAAGUCCCUGUGCCACGUUGGUCCCCAGCUGUUGACUCUGCCCAGUGAAGGCCACUCAAACCUCACUCAAUUUCCUUCAUCCUUACCCCAGACCCGAUGGGGAGGGGGUGUCUACAGCAGUCCUCCCCUUUGUGUUCCAUAAACUGAGGCCAGAAGCCAAGUGAUGGCCAAGCAUGGCCCAGAGAUGAGAUGUCCUGGCCCUUCCUAUCAAGCUCUUCCCCGGGCACCCCCUUUGCUUGCCUCCCACUGGACACGGGUAGUCCUUGCUCCUUAGGAAUGACAGGUGACUGGCUUAAAGUCACUCACCAAGGCAGUGCCAGAGCCAGGCCUUAGCCAGACCCUCACACAAUGCGCUCACCCACAGAAUGGAAGUGAACCCUUCCCCCACCAUGUGCACACAAGGGCUUUCACUUUGCACACCCCUCACUUCCUAAGAGUUAACCUCAGGGUGCCAGGGAGUGGGCAGAAGCACGGCCGGGUGGCACUGGUUCUCCCACCCUGCCUGGUGUGUGGGCGCUGGAGGUCAUCUUGGCACCUGCUCCUUGGAGGUUACCCAGGGCAGUUGAGGCUGGAAGGAAGCCAUGUGCAUUGGAGGAUGGACACUCCAGCCCUGCCACUGUCCCUGCCUGAGACCCUCCUGCCUGGGUCCCUGGGCUGGGAAGACGGACAGACGCCUUAUGGGCGAAGGAUUUGAAGAGCAGACAGAAGCCCCUCUCCCCACCUGAGAACUGGGAAUAUCAAACAGCAGGGCCCUCUUAGGAGCCUGUGUGAUCUAGCAGCUCAUGUGAUAGACUUGCCAAUGCUCUCAUUUAUUCUGAGUCAGGAAGUUUAUGUUGAAAUUUUAAAUAGCACUAAAGGUGAAUGUGAGACUGACUUUGAUCCAAAAAGAACUGUAUUAGCUAGGCUGCUUUUGGUUUCCAAUAAUUGGUUUAACCAUAAAGGAAAUUGGUUUAAACAAUAAAGGAAACUUACUGGUUUACAAAACUGAGAAGUCCAGGGGUAUUGGCAGCAGAUGAACAAUUUCACCAAAUACCCAGUUUCUUCCUACCUCCCCUCUGCACUCUGCAGUGUCUGCUUCAUCCCAAGCUGCUGCCUCAGGAUCAAAAGAUGGCUGCCUGCAGCUUCCACUGAAUCCCUUGUUCAUAGCCAGCAAGGAGCACCUUCUCACCCUGUAGUGUAGCUUCUUUCUCAGAUGCCCCCAGCAAAUAAACACUGUCCUUUCAUUGGUCA